GGCCUUUAGCUUCUGACGAGGUAAGAAUGAGCAAUAUGAGCUUUUCUGCUAGGCCUCAGGCUUAUAAUAUAGAUAGAGUGAGUGAUGGUAGGUUUAGAGCUGUGCCCUAGGCUUGUAGUAAAGUUAGGCUACAGUGGUAAAGUUAGGCUAAAGUUAGCUACAGUGCUACAGUUAAAGAAUGCCAAAGUAAGCUUAGGGCAGGGCUUCAGGUUUGCGAUGGAGUAAGAGUGAGUGAACUGAGAUGUAUCAUUAGACUUCUGAUGAAGUUGGAAAAUUAAAAUCAGGCACAGAGCUAGGCUUUAAGCUCAUGCUGUAGAGUAGGCCAGACCUUAGGCUUAUUAUGUAAUUCAAGUAAGUAAUAUGAGAUUUAGAGCUAGGCCUUGGGUUUAUGGUGAAGUUAGAUAAAGUGAAAGGAGAUUUCGGCUAAGACCCUUGACUUUUGCUGAGGUCAUAGUAAGCAAAAGCAUGUCUACCUUUAAACUUUGGGCCUAUAAUAAAAGGAUUUGAGCAAGACCUCAGGCUUAUGAUGAAGUUUGGGUGAGUGAAGAGAGAUAUUUGGAAUGUCAUUAAGCUUGUGAAUAAUUUAGAAUGACUAAAAGUUGGUUUGGAACUAGGCCUUAGGCUCAUGAUGUAGUUGGAGUAUUUCACAGCUAGUCCCCCCUAGGUUUGUGAUGACUUCAUUUUCUAGUAGGAUUAGAAGGGGUUUAGUUACAGAGAAGAGUUGUCAGGGUAAUGCUAAUUAUGGUUAGAACGAGUUUGUGAUUAUUUCUCACUAGUAAAGUCAAAGUUUAUUUAUAUAACAGCACAUCAGCAGAGAGCAGUCUCUGCCCCCAGCGGCCGCCGGUUUACGCGUGUGCUUUACUCGCUCCAAGAAAGCUCGUUUUACCCAUAAUCAGCGGGGCGCUCGGCCAGUCGGAGUUCGCUCACGCCCUCGCCGAGGCUCUCCCCGAACGCGGCGUUGAGCUCUUCGGGGGCUCACGCCGCCGUUUGCCACCUUUUUUCACAGAUUAUUGCGCUAAAUACACCACAUCUCGUACGGAGCGGCUGGCGCGCGGCGCCCUUUUGAGAGCGCCCUGCGAAACUAGGCGUCGCUGCGCGCCCAUUCCCGGACUGAGGAAACACAGCAGAGUCUGUUCUAUAAGACCGAGCCGUUGGACGCUCGCCAAGUGCCGCUUUCGCUCUUAUUUUGGCUGAUAAAUGCCACGAGAAAACACAGGUACGAGCGCGUCACUGAGGCACGGCUGCACAGUGCCCGCCGGGUUGAGUCUACACCGUUCUCAUGUGGCUUUUAAGGGGCCGACCCCUCGCCUGAGAGGGAGGUUCCUCUGAACAGUGCAGUUCGCGCUCAUUCUCGCUCCGCUCGCAGCAAAAGCACAACGAUGGCAGAAGUGGCUCCCGUUCCAGCCGCCGCCGGACCGGCCAAAGCUCCCAAGAAGAAAAGCGCCGCCCGGCCCAAGAAAGCCGGCCCCAGCGUCGGCGAACUCAUCGUAAAGGCUGUUUCGCAGUCUAAGGAGAGGAGCGGCGUGUCUCUCGCCGCCCUCAAGAAAGCCCUGGCUGCCGGCGGCUACGACGUGGACAAGAACAACUCCCGCGUCAAGAUCGCCGUCAAGAGCCUCGUGACGAAGGGCACUCUGGUGCAGACCAAAGGCACCGGCGCCUCGGGCUCCUUCAAGCUCAACAAGAAACAAGCCGAGCCCAAGAAGAAGCCGGCAAAGAAAGCGGCGCCAAAGGCCAAGAAGGCGGCCGCCAAAAAGCCCGCCGCUGCUAAGAAGCCUAAGAAGGUAGCGGCGAAGAAGUCCGCAGCCGCCAAGAAAUCGCCGAAGAAAGCCAAGAAACCCGCGGCCGCCAAGAAAGUGGCCAAGUCUCCCAAGAAAGCCAAGAAGCCGGCGGCCCCGAAAAAGGCGGCCAAGAGCCCGAAGAAAGCGAAGGCGGUCAAGCCCAAAGCAGCCAAGCCCAAGGCUGCGAAAAGGGCCGCCCCCAAGAAGAAGUAAACACACCUUUUUACCUUCGUGUCCUGUUUUUUCCUCUCUCCAGAACGGCUCUUUUAAGAGCCACCCACAUUUUUCUCUCAAGGAGCUUUGCAAUUACAUGGAUAAGAAUAGGAGGGGGAAUGGGGUAGGACAACGGCGGAAAAACAAGGACACGUAUACGCUUCUUUGUCU